CGACAAUUCCUCCAAACACUCGGUCAAGUUCCACAUCCAAAAUGCCCUCACGAGACGACAUCCACUACUUCGGAGCAGGCCCGGCGCCGCUGCCAACUCCAGUCUUGGAAGAGGCAUCAAAAGUCAUCCUAAACUACAAAGACACUGGCAUCGGAAUCACCGAAAUCUCGCAUCGAAGUGCCGAUGCGAACGAGGUGCUGGCAAACGCACAGAAAGCCCUGAGACAGCUCCUCGAAAUCCCUGAAUCCGAAGGACCAGAGGGAUACCAGAUUCUUUUCCUGCAAGGUGGCGGGUCGGGAGAAUUCAGUGCUGUUGUCUAUAACUUGGUCUCUGUCUGGGUGGCUAAGCAACUCAAAGCUGUGGGUGGUGAUGAGGCGAAACUUGCACUGGUCGUCAAGGAACAGCUGAAAUUGGACUACUUGGUGACCGGAUCUUGGUCUCUAAAGGCAUCGCAAGAAGCUGCCCGGUUGGUGGGACAGGAUCAUGUGAACAUUGUCAGCGAUUCGAGGAAGCACCGAGAUGGAAAAUUUGGCGUUAUUGCAGAGCAGUCGACGUGGAGCCAUAGCAGUGGCGAGCCUGCGUUCACUUACUACUGCGAUAACGAGACGGUCGAUGGAGUCGAGUUUCAGUCAACACCUUCUGGCAAGAACUUGGUGGCAGAUAUGAGUUCCAACUUCCUCUCACGACCUGUGGAGGUCAGCAAGCACGCCGCGAUUUUUGGAGGUGCUCAGAAGAACAUCGGGACAACAGGGAUCACCAUCGCCAUUGUCUCCAAUGCCUUCCUCCCACCUCAUGCAGAAUAUGCCAAGCCCGAUCUUCUGCGCAGACUUGGUUUGCCCAAUGGACCUGUUGUAUUGGACUGGCCCACGAUUGCAAAGAACAACAGCCUAUACAACACUCUCCCCAUCUUCGACGUCUGGAUCGCAGGCCAAGUAAUGGAGAGACUGCUUAAAAUCCACCCAGCCGGGAAUGGUCCACGCAUCGCCGGCCAAGCGACCGAGUCAAACCAGAAGGCCAAAAUGCUGUACGAAGCGCUGGACCAGAAUGAGAAAGUCUACCAGGUCGUCCCAGACAAGAGCAUUCGCAGCAGAAUGAACAUCUGCUUCCGCGUAAAAGGCGGCGACGCUGACGCAGAGAAGGCUUUCCUCAAGGGCGCCGAAGCGAAAGGUCUGAUGGGACUGAAAGGUCAUCGUAGCGUUGGUGGAAUCAGAAUUAGCAACUACAACGCUGUGCCUGUAGCUGCGGCGGAGAAGUUGACUGCGUAUUUGCAAGAAUAUGCGAAGGCGUGAGAGGAAAAAAAACUUUGAGGAAAAAGUUUUGAGAUUUAGCGAGGAGUUUUUGGUUGGGGAGACGGGAAAGGAAUGAUUCAACUCAUGGGUAUGGUAUGGUAUAUGAAAAGGGCAGGGAAACUUGAAGAAGAAGAAGAAGAAGAAGAAGAAGAAGAAACAUGGUCAAACCCCGACCGAUGGCAAGACAUAGAUAGCAACAUGGAAAAAAAUAAAAUAUUCGGAACUUGACAGGGGGGAAAGAAAAAGAAAUAUCUCUUCUUCUCCUCAAAAUG